AUGUAUCAAUCCACCCCUUCCUUCGCCGCCCGAUUUCAACCGCUCCCACACGCAGGAACGCCCAUCGCCGCCGCCCUCCGCGCGCGCGCCGCCCUGCUUGCCGUCGGGGCAGCUGCAUCCUGGCUUCUGACAGUCGCGGCCGCCGCCCUCUGCGCCGCGUACUUCGCCUGGCUCGCCGGCGCGGUCGCCGCAGACGCGUUGCUGGGCGCCGCCGAGCAACCGCUCUCCGGCGCGGAGGCGGCCGCUGCGACGGGCGGCGCUGACGUGGCGCGGGUCGCGGGCGGCCUCGCGGACCAGGCGCGCGCGGCGCUCGCGGCGGCGCCGCCCGAGGUGUCCUCCACCUCUUG